UCAUCCAAUCCACACUUCAGAUUCUCCCUCCCCCCAAUUUUUCUUUUUCUUUCCUCAUUUUCUCUCUCUCUCUCUUCCUCUCUUACAGGAGAGUACACAGUACACACCACACACAUACAAACAGAAACAUCUCCACGACUCUAAUAAUGGAGUACGAAAGGAUUCACAAACCUCAGACUGGAAUUAUAUCUCCUAGUAAGUUGAGAGCAAAGCUAAUGGGAGUAACCCAGAAGAUAAAAGAAGGGUCAAAAUCAAAUAAUAAUUCGUCAAGAACAUCUCCUUCAAGAAUUGAAGACUCUGAGUUUGUUAAUAACAGCUUACUUGCCUCUAAUAACGGUGAUUUUUAUGAGUCUGCGGUAAGCCUAGAGCCUCCACAAAAACUGUACAGCGAAACAGUAUCAAGUUCCUUAAAAGUUCAGAAUCAUUGCCCAGCAAGAGAAAACAUGGAUUCGUGUCAUGUUAAGGUACAACAAUGUCAACCAGGAAGAAGUGAUAGUGGCAAUUCUAGUGCUGUCUACCCAUUAAAAUCUAAUGAUGAUGAGAAUCUUGAUUAUGACAGUAAUGCUAGUUCAUCGAGUUUUGAGUUCCACAAAGGGGAAAGAGUAGCCCAUAGAUCCUUAACACGGUCGCUCUCUAGGCCUACUUCGUAUAAGUGGAAUGAUGCAGAGAAAUGGAUAAUGAGUAAGCAAGCAGGUCAGGCUAAUCACACGAAAAGCCUUAGCAUUAGUACGCAAAAUGGAGGCAGCCUUAUGACAGGAUUGAAUUUGGUUAGGGUGGCUCCAGAGGCUGCUAGCCAUGACUAUCGCUCACAUCCUAGAAUGCCAGAAAUGAAGCGGGUUGAUUUUAGCCAACCUGGAGGUCAAAUUAGGUUGAAUAAGGUCAAUCUUGCUCAUCCUGAAGUGGACUCUGUUCCAGUUCAAUCAAAUGUCCCGAUUGACUUAUAUCCUGAUAGCAAUGAACUGAGAGAAGUUGGCAAUGUGAAGAAUUCAACCCAGGAGGUCCCAGGUAUGCCUGCUAUUAGAGAGAUUUCAAUGAGGGACAUGGGUACAGAAAUGACACCAGUCACAAGUCAAGAGCCUUCUAGGACAGCCACCCCUAAUGGGUCUUUAACCCCGUUUCGCAGUCCCACUUCAUCUAUUCCAUCCACCCCUCGGACUGGGGAACCAACGACUACUCCCUUGGAUUGUACAGCUGAUAGUAAUGUGCACCAUCUAACUGAGAAAGGCGAUAGAGAGUUGUCAGAACAUGAGCUGAAGCUCAAGACAAGGAAAGAAAUUGUAGCACUUGGUGUUCAGCUUGGCAAGGUGAAUAUAGCUGCUUGGGCAAGUAAAGAUGAGAAGGAUAACAGCUCUUUGCCUAUUGCUGAUUCUGAGGAACUUGAACGCAUUGAAUUUGAAAAACGUGCUGCCGCGUGGGAAGAGGCCGAAAAAUCAAAGCAUGCUGCAAGGUAUAAGCGUGAUGAAAUCAAAAUUCAAGUGUGGGAGAGUCAACAGAAAGCAAAACUGGAAGAAGAGUUGAGGAGAAUGGAGGCAAAAGUUGAACGACUAAGAACAACCUCACAGGCAAAGAUGAUGAAAAAGAUUUCUAUAGCCCGUAAAAGAUCCGAAGAAAAACGAGCAGCUGCCGAAAGCCAGAAGAAGCGUCAAUCCGAGAAAACAGCAGCCCGAGUAGAAUACAUUAGGCAAACAGGUAGAACACCACCAUCCGAUUAUACAUGUUGCGGUUUCUUGUGAUAUAAAUUAGAUCAUCAUAAAUUCGACGGAGUGAGAACAGCCCCUUAAUUAUGGUCAUUAGAAUAGAUGACUCGUUGUACUCUUUGUUCCCCUUAAUAAGAAAUGGUGUUUAUUUA